AUGCAGGUGUUUAACGACGUCUGUUGUCCUGUUUGUCCGCAGGACGUCACUACCUUAACUGGCGUUCCCGAAGAGCACAUCAAAACCAGGAAGGUCAGGAUCUUUGUCCCUGCUCGCAAUAACAUGCAAUCUGGAGUAAACAACACAAAGAAAUGGAAGAUGGAGUUUGAUACUAGAGAGAGAUGGGAAAAUCCUUUGAUGGGUUGGGCAUCAACGGCUGAUCCCCUCUCAAACAUGGUCCUAACGUUCAGUGCCAAAGAAGAUGCAAUUGCCUUUGCAGAAAAAAAUGGGUGGAGCUAUGACGUGGAAGAGAGGAAGGUUCCGAAACCCAAGUCCAAGUCUUAUGGUGCAAACUUUUCUUGGAACAAAAGAACAAGAGUGUCUACGAAAUAGGGUGGCACUAGCUGCAUCUCCGCUUGACUGUGACUAAAGUCAGCUGGGCACUAUUUAUAGUCCAUGGAUAAUGCACCUCUUAAUCUAAUAAAUGUGACCUUGAAACUA